ACCAAGCUCUAUGGUCCCUGCUGGGUUCCGGCCCCGGCACGGCCGAGGUGCCUGUCACGUGACCGCUCGGAGUUCACGUGACCAAUGACUACAGGAGGCGGAAGUGGGAAAAAGCUGAACCGUCGCCGGCUCCUGAGGAUGAAAUGGCCUCUGCAGGGCUGCAUGGGGAGAAAUCUCCGCUUACUGUGAAAGUGGUGUCGGCAAAGCCCAAGGCCCAGGGGGGCCGCCAGACCCGGAUCACCUCCUUCGUGGAGGUGGCAGCAGAUGGGCUGCCCAGCGAGACCAAGAAGACGGGCAAGCGGAUGGGGAGCUCCGAGCUGCUCUGGAACGAAAGCCUCACCUUGAACGUCGCUGCCCAGAGCCAGCUGGAGGUGAAGAUGUGGAGCUGCCACGCCCUGCGGAACGAGCUGCUGGGCAUGGCAUCGGUCAGCCUGCCGGACGUGCUGAAGCAGAGCAGGGAGCCAGUGGAGAACAAGCAGCUGACCUUGAACCUGCAGACGGAGAACAAAGGCGGUCUUGUCUCCGGUGGGGAGCUGACGAUUUUCCUGGACGGGCCUGGUGUUGAUCUGGGAAGCCUGCCUAAUGGCAGCGUUGUGGCUGAGGGGCCACAGGUUGCCGGAAGGGACCCCGCUGGCGUGACGGCAUCCCCAGAGAACAGGUGUCCGGCUACCAGCAGCAACUGCUUUGGCGGCCGGUCCAGGAGCCACAGACACGCCGCUGCCGGAGGAGCCCGGCUGAGCCCAGCCAACGGGGAGCAGAGCCCCAGCCCCAGAGCCCGGCCUCAGCCGCUGGGGAAGAGCCAGAUCAGCCCCACGGAUGGCACAGUGGGCGGAGACCGCGCCGAUGCCGAAGAGGACCCGGCUGUGCCCCCCAACGCCGCUCCAGGCGCCACGGUCAACGGUGGGCCGCCCCAAGACCCUGCUGAGGCGGAGGAGUCGGCCCCGGUGGGGGGGCCAGGAGGGCCGCCUUCCCAGCCGGCAACGCAGGCUCCGGAGACGCUGCCCCCCGGGUGGGAACGGCGGGAGCUGCCGAACGGGAGGGUCUACUACGUGGACCACAACACCAAGACCACCACCUGGGAGAGGCCGCUGCCGCCAGGCUGGGAGAGGCGGCUGGACCCCCGUGGCCGGCACUACUACGUGGACCACAACACCCGCACCACCACGUGGCAGCGCCCCACGGCCGAGUACGUGCGCAACUACGAGCAGUGGCAGAGCCAGCGCAGCCAGCUCCAGGGCGCCAUGCAGCAGUUCACCCAGCGCUUCCUCUACCAGUCUUCGGGCGCCCCGUCUGACAACGACCCCCUCGGCCCGCUUCCUCCCGGCUGGGAAAAGAGGCAGGACAACGGCCGCGUCUACUACGUCAACCACAACACCCGCACCACGCAAUGGGAGGACCCCCGCACACAGGGGAUGAUCCAGGAGCCGGCCCUGCCCCCCGGCUGGGAGAUGAAGUACACCAGCGAGCGCGUGCGCUACUUCGUGGACCACCAGACCCGCACCACCACCUUCAAGGACCCCCGUCCUGGGUUCGAGUCAGGGAGUAAGCACGGCGGCUCUCCUGGGGCCUACGACCGGAGUUUCCGCUGGAAGUUCCACCAGUUCCGCUUCCUCUGCCACUCCAACGCGCUGCCCAGCCACGUCAAGAUCAGCGUCUCGCGGCAAACGCUCUUUGAGGACUCCUUCCAGCAGAUCAUGAACAUGAAGCCCUACGACCUGAGGCGCCGGCUGUACAUCAUCAUGCGCGGGGAGGAGGGCCUGGACUACGGCGGCAUCGCCCGGGAGUGGUUCUUCCUCCUCUCCCACGAGGUGCUCAACCCCAUGUACUGCCUCUUUGAAUACGCCGGCAAGAACAACUACUGCCUGCAGAUCAACCCGGCCUCCUCCAUCAACCCCGACCACCUCACCUACUUCCGCUUCAUUGGCAGGUUCAUCGCCAUGGCUUUGUACCACGGCAAGUUCAUCGACACGGGCUUCACGCUGCCUUUCUACAAGCGCAUGCUGAACAAGCGGCCCACCCUCAAGGACCUGGAGUCCAUCGACCCCGAGUUCUACAACUCCAUCGUCUGGAUCAAAGAGAACAGCCUUGAGGAGUGUGGCCUGGAGCUCUACUUCAUCCAGGACAUGGAAAUCCUGGGCAAAGUGUCCACCCACGAGCUGAAGGAGGGCGGGGAGAGCAUCCGGGUCACCGAGGAGAACAAGGAUGAGUACAUCAUGCUGCUGACAGACUGGCGGUUCACGCGGGGUGUGGAGGAGCAGACCAAGGCCUUCCUGGACGGCUUCAACGAGGUGGCACCUCUGGAGUGGCUGCGAUACUUUGACGAGAAGGAGCUAGAGCUGAUGUUGUGUGGCAUGCAAGAGAUCGACAUGACUGACUGGCAGAAGAACACCAUCUACCGCCACUACACCAAGAACAGCAAGCAGAUCCAGUGGUUCUGGCAGGUGGUGAAGGAGAUGGACAACGAGAAGAGAAUCCGACUCCUGCAGUUUGUGACUGGGACUUGCCGGCUGCCCGUGGGAGGAUUUGCCGAGCUCAUCGGUACUGGCAGCAACGGGCCCCAGAAGUUCUGCAUUGAUAAGGUGGGCAAGGAGACCUGGCUGCCCCGGAGCCACACCUGCUUCAACCGCCUGGACCUGCCUCCCUACAAGAGCUACGAGCAGUUGAAGGAGAAGCUCCUCUACGCCAUCGAGGAGACGGAGGGCUUCGGGCAGGAGUAGUGGCCCCAGCCCCCGAGGGGCCCUUCCGGGCUGGUGCGGGGGGGGGGCAGGCGGAGUCUCUUUUGCUGGGCUUGGUGGAGAGGAGCUGGGGGGGGCUGCUGCAGAAAGCCCUCCUUUUCCUCCCCCUGCCCCCCCGGCACAUUCUGCUGAGCUGGAGUGGGGGCUCCUGCUGCCCCCCUGCCUGCUCCGGCUUUUGGAGCAAGCCAGCCCCCCACCUGCCCGCCCUCCAGCAGAGCAGAUCCCUUGAGCCUGGUCCUCUCCACCACAAAGCACUUGGCCACGGGGGGGGGGGGGGGGCGUCUCCCCUGCCCUCUUCCUCUUCCUCUUCCUCCCAGCACUCAGGGGGUGUGUUGCCAGCUGGUGCUCCAGCUAGCCUGGGGAACUGCCAGACUCCCAGCAGAAGUGGAGGGCAAACUCCCCUCUGUCCCCCCACCCCUUAGCAGAGAUUGCUCCCCCUCCCUGAGCGGAGCAAACCUGGGGGCUCUGCAGACCCCUCCUGCUGGGCCUUGGCUGCCCCCCCCGGCUCCCCUCCAGACCCCAGAGGUGAGCGGGAGGUCCCUCGGGCCCAGGGCCCUCCCCGUGCUGUACAGAGAAGGGGCCGUGCUCUUGGGCCCUGGGCUGUCAAACCCAGCAACGGAUAAUACGCCCGCACACCCCUCCCCACCCUGCAAGCGAAGAGGCCAGAGGCCUUUGCCCAGGGCCCCCAGCAAGCCUGACUGCCCCCCCCUUGUCUUGCGGUCGCCUUCAGUGGGGCCUGCUUCUGCCAGAUGCAGCAGGCCUCUCCUUGAAUGCCGACAAAGCCCCUUAGCCAAAGCGCAGGACUCUGGCCUGGUGUGCGCAGGGAGGGAGGCACGCUGGAAGCAUCGCCUGGCCAAGGAAGACUUCCGGCGAUGGUUUCGGGCCUGACUCUUGAGUCUUGGGGUGUGUGGCUGGCAGGCCUGCGCCGGGAGCUGUGUGGAAGUGUGGGGCUGAAUGCUUGUGUGUGUGUGUCCGUCCUGUGCCUGGGGAGGGGGCUGCCUCAAGCCCCCAAGGGGUGCGUGCGUGACUGUGUGUUUGUGUGUGUCACUGUGUACAUAAAUAUAUAUAGAAAGAGAUCUGUAUAUAAAUGUCUGUGGAUACAAAGGAUUGCAAUAGCUUUGGGUGAGGAUCCUGGAGAGUUUUGUACCACGCCAUCCUGCCUCAGUGAUGCCAGUUUCUUGUGCAAUAAAGAAUCCGCAGCUGCUUGUG